UUGGAUGCGCGCAUGCGCGGUGCUGCUAGUAGUGUUACUUGUUGUACUCUCUCCGGUAACAUGGAUAGGAACGUUCCCGAGAGCAUCCCUGGAUACAUGGCCGCGCAGCUGAAUUCCAUCUGUGAUGAGCUGGUGCAGGCUGUAACCAUCAUGAUGGAGCCACAGUCUCCUCAGGGAUACAGAGAGCAGGCGCUAAAGUUCUGUGAGGAGUUUAAGGAGAAGUGUCCGCACUGUGUUUCCUGUGGGCUACAGCUGGCUGAGAAGACUCGGGCCCCGGUCAUCCGCCACUUUGGCCUGCAGGUCCUGGAGCAUGUGGUGAAAUUCCGGUGGAACAGUAUGAAACAGGAAGAGAAGGUGCUCCUGAAGAGCGGGGUGAUCAAUCUCAUCUUAACUGGUAUUCAUACUAUCAUGGAAGAGGAAGCCCAUAUUAAGGAUGUCCUAGCUCGAAUUAUGGUGGAGAUGAUAAAGCGAGAAUGGCCGCAGAACUGGUCAGGGAUGCUGAAUGAGCUAGACACCUUCACCAAAACCGGGGAGGUUCAGACUGAGCUUGUGAUGUUUAUUCUUUUGCGACUGGCAGAGGACGUAGUAACGUUCCAGUCACUUCCUACACAACGCAGACGGGAUAUCUUGUCAGCCAUGACUCUCAAUAUGGAAAAACUGUUUACUUUCAUAUUGAAUAUCCUGCAGGGGAGUGUGCAUGCGUACAAGCAGCUGAAAACUGACCCUUUGCAGACACGCGAGGCUCAGGGUAUGUGCCGUGUUGCGGUCUCUGCCCUCAACACCCUGGCAGGGUACAUUGACUGGGUGUGUAUUCGUCACAUCACUCAGGAUAGCUGCAAACUGCUGGAGGUCCUGUGCCAGCUGCUGAGUGAGCCAGAGCUGCAAGUGGAGGCUGCAGAGUGUCUGCUUAUUGCUGUCAGUAGGAAGGGAAAGCUGGAAGACAGGAUUCCGCUGAUGGUGCUGUUUGGGGACCAGGCCAUGGGUUAUUUAAUAUCUGCUGCACAGAUGGUGGACAAUGAUAUCCCGUUAGAAAAACGCUACGUGUUCCUGAAGCGACUGUGCCAAGUUCUGUGUGGGAUGGGUAACCAGCUUUGUGCCCUGUCAUUGCCACCAACCAGCUUUAACAAGCCAGUUAACUUCAGCAAGUACCUGGAUUCCUUGCUUGGCUUCACUAGGCACCCGAGUCAGUUUAUCAGAUAUUCUACUCUCAUGAGUUGGGGGUCUUUCUUCAGAAACAAGGUGCUGUCGCAAGAACCAGAACUUCUGGCUGUGGUGCCGGAGUUCCUGCGCAUUUCCAUGACAAACAUCAUCAAGGUGGGAUUCCCCUCGAAAAACGACAGCCCAAGUUGUAUAUAUUCACGCAUUGACUUUGACAGUGAUGAGGACUUCAGUUCCUUUUUCUGCAUUACUUUUCGAGGCGUGGUGGGAGAUCAGAUACGGGCCGCUUGCCGUGUUGACCCUCUCUCUGGAUUUAAUAUUGCUGCAGAAUGGCUUCGCUAUCAGGUUUCUGUCCCCCUAGAUUUUGGAACAAGAAAUAACAGUCUGGAAGAUGAACAGUGCAACCUCUUAUCACCGUCCUUCAUUCAAUGGGAUGCUAUGACCUUCUUCUGUGAAAGUGUCACCAGCCAGCUUUUCAAAAUGCAAUGCAAGGAGGAUCUCCCAGUCGCUGAGGGCAUAGAGCUUCUUCAGUGUAUUCUACACUUUGAGACCAAGGACCCACUCAUCCUGUCCUGUGUGCUCUCCAGCCUGUUGACCUUCUUCCCAUUUGUGAGCUACAGGAGCGAGUUGUUGCCCCCAUUGCUGGAGAAGCUCUUUGCUGCUAUUACAUUUGACAUCGAGAAUGACAGCAAGUUUCCCCGGAAGAAGUCUGUAAAGAAUCUCAGACGUAACACCUGCUCCUCCAUCAUCAAAAUUUGCAAAUUGUACCCUGAAAUUAUCCUGACCCAUUUCCAGCUGAUGUACAACUAUGUCAGGCAGGUAGUAAAUGAAAAACGUCUGCUGACGCAGUUGGAGCGAUGCUCUUGCAUUGAGGCUAUUGUGCUGGUCAGCAACAAGUUCGCAAAUUACGAGAGGCAGCGAACCUUCCUGGCCGAGCUGUUUAGCCCCAUCCUGUCUAUUUGGUUGUCCGAGGAGGUGCAAAGGGCUUUCGUCAGUAGAGAAGAAUUCAUUUCCUUUGUGGGAGCAGAUAUGUUAACAGAGAGUCAAGUGGAGACGGAUCUGUGCCGGAUGACACGGGGCAAACUCUAUUUCUGUAUCUACUCUAUAUUGGGCACACUCAAGAGAGCUCACUGGCCCAAAAAUCCAGAGGAGGCUAAAGCUGGAGGUUUUGUAGUUGCCUAUGGCCAGGAUGGGUCCCCUAUUUACCGUAAUCCCUGUAGUGAGCAGGUCCUGAAAAUCCUGGAUGGUGUGCUGGCUUUUAUCAGGACGUAUAAUAGUAUGUUCCUGCCUGAGUUUAAGCUGAAGAUGGGUGAGACGUUCUGCAAGACACUGGACAUGCUGGACUCAGAGAAGACAGCCAUCCUAGGUAUUUCACAGUCCGCACUGGAUCUCUCUGACGCAUCGCCGUACAAGACGGAUCUGGAUUGGAUACAGGGCUUCAUGGCCAUGUUGUAUGACAGCUGUUAUCAGAUUGUGGGUUGCUGCGGAGCCAGCAUGCAACAAGAUUUCUUUUCUAUUCCUGACUUGGCCACUCGUUUGGUCAGCUCGGCAUUUUCGAACCUGGAGAGUGUGCCUCUAUACCGUUUACGACCUAUUCUUCGAUUAUUUGUGAAGCCGCUAGUCCUGUCAUGUCCACCAGAACAGUAUGAGAGCCUCAUGUGUCCGAUCCUGGGGCCCCUUUUCAGCUACCUGUACCAAAGGUUGUCUCAUGACUGGGCGUGCUUCAAUAACCGGGAACUAGUGAGUGAUGACGAUUACACUGAGGGGAGUGUUGAGUACCAAGAAAUCGUGGACGAUCAGCUGGUGCGAGUGGUGACCAGGGAAGUGGUGGAACUGCUUGUCACUUGCUGUAUAACCAAGAAGAAAGCAGACAGCGUUAUAACCAGCACAGGUGUGGAUGGUGUGUGUAACUCCUCACAAGCAGACAUGGAUGAUGAUGAGAUGAUGGCCACAGAGUCAGCAGUGGAUGCUGGGUCUUUGGAGCUCACAGAGCUGGGAAAAGUUUUAAUUGCACGUGAGGAUAUUAGUGCUGCAGUAAUGAUUUCUGCAUUCAGCCCUCUGCUAUGGAAGGACUCGGUCGCCUGUAACAGAGCAGCAGCUCAUUUAUGCUGGCCGUUGCUUAAACAGGUGGUCUCAGACAGCUUUCCCAGUGAGGCGGCGGUCUGCUUCUUCACAAAUGUCCUACGCAGCCUGCAGAUCCACGGGCAACACAAAGGCUGCAGUGAUGCCCUUAUCACCCUGGCAUUCCACAUAUAUGAGACACUGCGACCGCGCUACGCAGAGUUACAUGCUGUGAUGAAACAGGUGCCUGAUUUGAAGCCCGAUCUUCUCAACACAUUUGAUGCAAAGCUGCUGGUCCCUGUCCAGAGAGUGGGAGAAAAGAAAAGGAGGGAUAACUUCAAGAACCUCAUCCACGGCUGUAUAGGGAAGCCACUAUGUGAGCAAUUCAAAAAAGAAGUUCACAUCCGGAACCUUCCAUCUCUUUUCCAAAAGAAACCGCGACAAAUACAGGAAGAGGAUCCGAUAAUGGGCAGCUGCGCAGAGUCACUUACAGCUCUCUUCCAACCCUGACCUUUUGUAUAUACUCCUUUGAACUUUCAGCCACCUUCCUGAGUCUAGUAACCGUGGGGGUCACUACACUGUGGAGCAGACAGGGCCUGUACUGGUCUUCAGUCUCUCCUCACUCCCCCAUGAAUAAGUGACCAAGAGAAGUCCCACAGCUCAGACUCCGUACCCUGAAGACCUUUUACAGAAAUGUUUAAAAUAACGAUACCCUGAGGAUCAUGUUUAUAGGGCACCUUUAUCUGGUGCUGGUUCUAUCAAGUCACCUCUGCACCCUACAAAACUCUCUGCUUUACCCCCCAUGUGGAGGAGAUGGAAAUAUGAGCAAGUGGGGGUACUUCUCAUUGUGCACCUAGGGUUGUUAGAUUGAACAGAACUGGUCUACCACUGGCAGAUUAGUGGUUAGCAAUUAAACUGUAAAACCCUGUGCCAGGGAGUGGCUUAAGCAUACUACUGAUAUCUAUCAGGAAGAACAAGGUUAGUGACCUAGCCCCAGUGUGAUCAUUUCUGUAAACCUGGUCAUGGGAUCAACUGAAUCAAUUCAUUACAGAGAGACAUGCAGCAGAAGCAUUAUGAGGAAUUAACUUGAAUGAAGAAAGAAAUGUUCAAAUAAACCUAAGUGGAUAUGAAAUAAUUCAAUGCUGAGACCAUGCAACAUACCCCCCAAUAUCAGCAGCUUCUCGCAGGAGGUACCCAUGCCGUUUUAGCUGACAUUGUUCACGACUACUGGAUAUUUACCCUUCCCCCCACCCUAUCCAAGACACAGAUCCCCUGUGCAAUAAAGCAGGAAUUCUCCAUGUUUGAGGAAAUGUAUUAAUUUGGAAGAUUUGUUUUUUGCUCUACACUAUCCGGUGCCUUGUAUGACACUAGUAAGGUCCCCAUAUCAUCUUGCCACCUUCAUUCUGAGUGACUUGCAUGAUUACCCCAUUCACUGCCCCCUAGGUCAUGUGCUGUGCCCUCGCCAUAUUUAUUGCUUUCAGCACAACAGAUGUUCUUUUUAAGCUAGGUAUUAUUUGGGAGGGGAGGGCUGGGUGGCAAUUUGUUUAAAUGUCAGUAAAACAUAUGAUUUCUAAAUGCA